AUGAGUCGAUAUAGAUCAACAAAUAGUUCGAUCAAAAGUCAUCUAUCAACAGCAAGUUUACCGAAAGAAGAAGUAAAUAUUGUUUUAUUGGGAAAGCAAAGUGUCGGCAAAUCUGCAUUAGUUGUUAAAUACCUAACAAAACGAUUUAUUCGUGAAUAUGAUCCAUUUCUUGAAGAUACUUAUUGGAAACCAGAUGCUGUCGAUCAACAAGAGGUGCUCGUCAAGGUCAUGGAUACUUAUGGCAAAGAUGAUAAACAGUUACCUUAUUAUCUCAAAUGGGCUGAUGCGGUUUUGAUUACUUAUAGUAUAACUCAACUUGAUAGUUUUGAAAUGGCAUUAGCGUACUUAGAUGCGAUAAAUACGUAUUCGAAAGGUCUGACUGUGUCAACCAAUGAACUUGUAAUUAUGUUACUUGGAAAUAAACUAGAUCUCGAACGAACCAGAGUUGUUUCAAAAUCUGAAGGUGAAUCCGUCGCACUGAAGUUCAGUUGUGCGUUUUGUGAGACGACAGCAGCUGAUGAUUAUGAGUAUGUUCAACAAUUGUUUCAUCGUACAGUCCGUGAAGUACGGAAAGAACGUGAACGUGCAAUGGCAUCAAGUUCUAUCGAUGAAGAGCCGCCAACAGCUGCAAUCAAUAUCAAUACAAAUGUCAAUGUACCUUCGUCAUCGUCGUCAGCUUCAUCAAACUCUUCUAUUCCUUUUACGAAUUUCAAUGAAACAGACAAACAUUCAUCCUCGAAUAUUCCUUUGCCGCCACCAAUGCCAGCUACACUUGCCCAUCGGGUCGCCAAACCUGUCAAAACAGAAUCUCAAACAUCAGUGACGUCUUCCACUUCGUCUUUGCCACUAUCAUCGUCAAUGAAAUCAGGUUCACUAUCAACUAUUGCUUCGACAUCAACGUUAGCGUCCGUUGCCAGUGCACCACCUCCAGCAUCAGCGACAACGAAACGAACGCCCUCGAAAACAUCGGUAUUUUCGAAGAUUUUCAAAAACUGA